UUGAAUUCUGCUGAACGCAGUUGGCUUUUCGACUCCGCGCCGUUCGCACGUUCCUUUUUCAAAACACAUUAGAGAAUUAUUUUUUUAAUUUUUUUUUUCUGAAGAAUGAUGGUCACGCGUUGAAGAUUGUCCUUUAGAAACCCCCAAGCCCCCUCCGCGAUGGGCGUGGCGUCCGACGGCUUCGGCGGCUGGCGAGCCAAGAUCGACGCAUGCCGCGAGUCCCGGAAACUGGUGCUCGUCAUUGUCGCCAUAGCUCUGCUGCUGGACAACAUGCUCCUCACUACCGUCGUGCCCAUAAUACCAGAGUUCCUUUACGACAUCCGGCACCCCGACGCGCCCCUCUCCCUCUCCCUGGACGAGAUCACCGCCGCCCCCCCUCCGCCGACCCCGUACUGCCCCUGUCUGGAGAGGAACACAACACUGGCCGUUGAGAAUGUCACGCAUGUGAACAUCACGGCCGAGAAGGAGUACCGCCACAAGGAGUUGAUCCAGGAGACGGUGGCCGUGGGCGUCAUGUUCGCCAGCAAGGCGAUCGUGCAGCUGCUGGCCAACCCCUUUGUGGGACCGCUCACACACAAAAUUGGCUACAGCAUCCCCAUGUUCACCGGCUUCAUCCUGAUGUUCCUUUCCACUCUCAUCUUUGCAUUCGGGCGAUCGUACGGCGUGUUGUUCGUCGCGCGGGCGCUGCAAGGCAUCGGGUCCUCCUGCUCGUCUGUAUCCGGCAUGGGCAUGCUCGCGGAACGGUAUCCUGAUGAUAAGGAACGCGGCAACGCCAUGGGCAUAGCUCUGGGCGGGCUGGCGCUCGGUGUCCUCAUUGGUCCGCCCUUCGGUGGUCUCAUGUACGAGUUCGUCGGCAAAACUGCUCCGUUCCUGAUGCUGUCCGCGUUGGCCCUGGGCGACGGGUUACUGCAGCUGAUGAUUCUCCAGCCGGGCGUCGUGAGACAGGAGUCGGAGCCACCUUCACUCAAAGACCUGGUCAUGGAUCCCUACAUCAUCGUCGCUGCUGGAGCUAUAACUUUCGCGAACGUGGGCAUAGCGAUGUUGGAGCCCAGCCUGCCGAUCUGGAUGGCCGACACCAUGGAAGCGCGGCGCUGGCAGCAGGGCGUGGCCUUCCUGCCAGCUAGCAUCUGCUAUCUCAUCGGCACGAACCUGUUCGGCCCGCUGGGCCACAAGAUGGGCCGCUGGCUCGCCGCGUGCUCGGGGCUCGUCAUCAUCGGCCUGUGUCUCAUUCUGAUCCCAAUGGCGCGUAAAUUGGAACACUUGAUAAUUCCCAACGCUGGUCUCGGCUUCGCCAUCGGAAUGGUAGACUCUUCCAUGAUGCCAGAGCUGGGGUUCCUCGUGGACAUCCGCCACGCGGCCGUGUACGGUUCAGUAUACGCUAUAGGCGACACCGCGUUCUGCUUGGGGUACGCUGUGGGGCCCGCGUUCUCUGGCACGCUGGUGAACAGCAUCGGCUUCGAGUGGAUGUUGGUGAUCAUCGCCGUCCUCAACUUCGCGUACGCGCCUCUGCUGCUGCUGCUGCGCGCGCCGCCCGCGCGGGACGAGAAGCGGAGUCUUAUUAUCAGCGACAAGUCGGCGGUCCGGUACGUGACUUACCAAAACGAGGAAGAAGAGUAAUAUUGCCAUUUUUAGGAGCAGAAGUAGCCCUUUUAUUUUGACUGUUGGGAGUACAUAUGCUAUGUUUAUGUGGGGUUUGCUUAAACAAAUAUAUAUUAAUAAAAUAUAAAAUAAAAAAAAUAUGUCCGCUGUAAUAUCGCCAAAUAUUGUAGAGAAAUAAAAAUAUUCAUAUUAUAUUUUAAUAUAGUGACCAAAAAUGUAUUUUAACGUAUACAUAUACUGUAAUUAUUGCCCGAAAUAUAUUUCAUAUUUACUAUCCUAUGUACUGUGUAGUGCGCCGUCUGACCAAUUUUUCCUAAUAUUUGUGUCUAGAUUAUAAUCUACUUAUACUAGAAAUAUACUAUUUACAUAUUUGAGUUCUUAAAAAAAAGAUACAUAUUCCCGCUUAAUCAGGGUCUUUGACUUAAAUACAGAACAUAUCUGUCUUUCAAAUAUAAAUUAAAAUCAUUAAUGUCAGUAUUAAUAUUUAGUGGAGUAUAAAAGUUAGAACGUGAAUAACUAAGAUUUACCAAAUAUAUUAUGGUAAAAGUCUGACAAUUUUUUUGAAGCUUUUUAUUUCGAUUACAUGUUUUAAAAAUUAAGAUUCAUAUGGCACAAUAUAUUACAACUUUUCUCGAUUUAGUUUUACAACAUUUAACUAAUAAUUUACCCGAGAAUAUACUAGUAAAUAAGUAGUUACAUGAAAACAAGUCUUAUAAACUCAAACUGAAACAUCUUUACUGCAAUAAGUUUGAAUUCAUUCAUUUAACUAAUAAUUUUUGAUAGAUUAUAUCAUACUCGUAAUAAUAUCAUCAACCGUGCUAGUGAAUAUUACGAAUAUUCCGGAGUCGAACCUAACAUUAACCGCAUGUAAAAAUUUAAGAAAAUAAGAGCAGUUCGGACUUUUACCUCUUAAACGCUUGUAAAUGUUAGAUUGGUUGGGAAAGUGACAAUAUUUAUCGUUGAUACUCUGGUUUACAAUAAUAUUAUUCAUAAAAUAAUUGUACUUCAUGGUGUGCGAGAGAGAUAGCUUGCAAAAGAACAUAGGUGUACGGGAAUAUAAUUUUGCAUGUGACUUGGACAAUAUGUGUUUAUGAUUUUUAUAUUGUGGUUUAAAUGCGUGUAAAACGUUUAAUAAAUGUAGACAAUAACGACAAAAUUAAAAUGACUUUUUGGAUUUAUAUUACUUAAGUAAUUAAGAUUUUACAAAAAAAUAAAGUUUAUACUGGUUUUUGAGGCAUCAUUCUUGAUUUGAAUCUUAAAAUCAAACAAAUAAAAAAACAGUGUAACAUUUUGUUAAUUCUAUACUUAUUAUAUACAAAAUUUUGAUAUUUUAAAACAGUAUACUGCAAAAGAACCAAAAUUAUCAGACUACUGCUACAAUGACAAAUCGGAAAUGAUUUGUGAACUGAUUUGCGUUUAUCGAACUCACGAUAAGGUAGUGCUUAGUGUGAGUCGUUGAGUAGCGUCCAUUUUUUUUUAAAUUAAAUAUUUUAUGAAACGAUUUAGAGGAAGAAAACGAUGCCAAGUUUCCAAUAAUAAAAGAAAGACAAUAAUUUUAUCACCACAUGUUAGUUAUACGUGCACCAAUCACUAAAUUUAUAUUUGUAUUGUGUAUUGUGUACAAUGUCGGGAUGAAGGACCAACGUGGUAGAAUUUUAUUUCGAGAUUUAAAGCUAUUUCAGUUCGUAUAAAUAUUCAAACGCGUUUAUUUUUUACAUAGUCUUGUAAAUCAUAUAGAUGUGAUAUACCUACACACAUAAUUAUAUACAAAAAUAUUGAAGCCAUUAUAUUGUUUUGUUUUUUUUUGUUUGAAAUCGUCGUGAUACGGCUUACUGACAAAGCAAUAUGUUUAUCAAUGGUUUCAUCGAAGUGUACGCAUUUUUUUUAUUUAAUUAAUUAACAUUAUUAUAAUAAACUGUUUUCAAUGUAAUCAAAUAUGAAUGAGUAAAAUCUAUUUUCGUGACGUUACUCUCUGUAGCUUAGCGCGUCGCAAUAGUGUAUAGAUUUAACAAAUGCAAUUAGUUGUAUUUGUGGUAGAUAUUAGUACUCUAGAUGAAAUGAGAUAUAAUCAUAAUAUUUAAUAAGUCAUGUAAUAUUUUAUUUUAAUUCUAAUUUAAUUUUGUUUCUAUUAUUUAGUUUUAACGAAUACUUUAUGUUGUAAAUACUUUUAUUCUUAUUUUAAUUCGAAUUGUAUACAUUUAACUGUCAAUUUAUUUUCAUGUGUUUUUUUUUUUUGUUUUUUGUAAAAUUCAUAAAUUGGUUCUAAACCUGACAUACCUGUGGGCGCUUCUCUCGUUAUUUUCGAUUUCAUGAAAGUCAUUCGAUGAGUCUUUCGUAAAAUUAUUUAAGUAGUUCCAUGUCUAUCUGAAAUAUUAUAUUUCCACUACAAACAGUUCGUUACAGAUCGUAGAUAUAUGGUGUUAUUGUACAAUCGGCUGAUUGUCAAAAAUACACGUGAGAUCCAACAGAAAUAUAAACUCCAUAAUUGUGACAACCGUGGAAUGAUCAAAAAGUUAAGCCAAAAAAAAAUUUCACAUAUUUCGAAGCACUAUAUAAUUUCUUGAGCGACACACGAUAGCGCGUUCUAAAACUGGAUAUCGCCAUCUAGUGACACACAUAUUCAACUUAAAUAUUGACGUUUAAACAGUUAUAUUCAUUUAGAAAUAAUCUGAAAUUAUGAUUUUUUAUUUCUUUCAUAAUGUUCUCUUGCAAUGCUUUUCAUUUUAACUAUGUGUUAUAUUUUAAAUUAUGGAAAAAUUAAUAUCUCCGAUAUCAUCCAAAAAUUGACAAUUUUUUUUUGUAAUCAUAUAUUUUUUUACAUUUUUUUUAAGUAAACAAUAUUUGCGAAUUAAUAACACAUUAGUCAGAAUAAUUGAACGUAUUCAUAAAAAACUGUUUUAGAUAGAUAUAUAACUAUUUAUUGAAAAUAAUAAUAUUUAUCUGUCUAUGUAUGGCUGCAUAGACAAGUUAAAGUGAGAAGUUGUCUUUGAUAUUUAAAAAGUUUUAUAAUUUCAUUGUGUUUUAAAAUUACAUUCAUUUUAUGUAUCGAUACGUAAAUCUACAUAAUUCUAUAAAACAUUGUAUUCAUAUUAUAUAACAAUAUUUAUUGCUAUAAAAUAUAACCAUCAUUAGAUAAAUAAUUUAUCGCACAACCCAUUUUCUCAAUUUAUAUUAAAAAAAAUAUAUUUAAUCACAUAAUCUUCCAGUGUUAAGUAGAUUUAGAAAAAAAAUCGUCUAAAUUAAGAAUACAUAAUUCUAUAAUUCAUCUAAAUAUGUAUUUUCCAGUUUGAUAUUACUUUAUUUCUAUUUCUUAUAUGGAGAGAUCGCGCGGCCCUCCUCCACGCGGAACUGUUUGUAACAGCCAUGUCUUGAUGUUCCAUCGUCCUAAAUAACCAGUGUCAUAUUGUAUAAAAGUAUAGAAUUACUAGCGACAGUCGGUCCAAAGCAAACUAUUCCGCUUCAGUGCUACGGUUCUUAUUAUGAUAGUGAGGAGGGUAUGUAUUUUUAGAAACCUGUUUUUUUUUUCGUUUUAAUCGUCAUUUUCCUGCUACUUGCCAUCUCUUAGAGGUUAUUUUCAAUAUUUUGACGAUCGGUAAAGUGUAUUCCUUAAUGUAGCAGUAGAAAUUAGUAUCACUUUAUAUAUACUUGAGAUAUAUUAAACUAUACAAUAAUAUGAUAAAGGAAGAUAUAAGUGAAUAUUUUAAAAAAUAUAUUAAACUUACUAAUAUACAUUGCAUAAUGAACAAUGAUUAUAAUCAUUCAUAUUUGGCAUCUGAGUUUCAUGUUAUUGUAAUUCCAAAAAUAGCUGGAAUGGGGUCCUUUCUAUAUCUUGUAUAACAAUUUCAUUUUAAUCUGUAAUAUUUUAUCUUUGUAAUAGUUUUGUUAAAUGUAUUGCUGCUUUGUAAAAAUGUUGUUUUAAAGUUAGACGUAACUGUAGAAUAGUUCAAUGGCGCAAGCUGCAAGUGUAUCGUAGUAAUAAAAUGAUUCUCCUGUAAAAUAUUGAAUAUAUUUCUAAUUCUUUAUUAAUUCUAUAUUAAAAAUAUUUUAUAGAAUAUAUUUUAGGUAAUAUAAUGUUUCCCUUAAAUGAUAUUAAUAAUCUCAACAAUAAAAUAAAUAUAUGUGAUAGAUUUUAGUGAUAUUUUGAUGCUUUUUAAUAUAUAGGAAAUUACUUUUAAGAUGAAAACAAUGUUUAUGCUGUAGAAAUAAUAUUAUAUAUUGGUAAUAUUAUUAUGCCAUUUAUAUAACUUUCAAACUGAGUCUUAUUUCGUAUUUCAAAAUUUCUUUAGUAUUUUUAUAACCAUUUUACAGUAGUUGUUUUAUUUUAUUUUUUGAUUUUUAUGUUAGAGUUGUAUUUGUGGUAUUGAAAGCAUAAAUAACUUAGGACUGAUUAUUUAUAUUGUUUAAUACAUUAAUUAUUUAUGAAACUGUUUAUUUCCACGCUCAAUACUUAUACAUUUGUUGAUCCGUGAAGCUAAUUUAAUCUAUAUUUUAAGGAAUGUAUCGAUAUUGUAUUAUCACAUAUAUUAUAUCGUCUAGUCCUGCCUAAGUGUAUGUUAUUAGAUACAAUAUGUAUCAUAUAUUACGGUGAAGUUUAUGUUGAAAUGUUGUUUUAUUAAAAUGUGGGUAUAUGAACUGA